CGGAACGGAGCGUCUAUGGAGGCCCGGGAGUUGCUGCUCAUCGCUUUCGCCGGGGCUGUCAUCCGAGAGUGUCUGCCGUAUAAUGUGACUUACCAUAUCGAUGAAAAGAGCUGCAGCGGCACAGAUGCCACAGACUUCAGUGAAGAUUUAGAACGAUGCUUAAAAAACACUUAUUGGGAAGAGAAUGUGGCUCUGGGUGAAAAAAUUGCUUUUGAUGUUGAAACCUCCUGCCAGAAAAAUUGUGAGGAUGUAUCAGCCAGGAAUUAUGAUGUUGUACAUCAUGUACAAUAUGGAGCUGCAGGUACCGGAGCCAGAAAUGUCACAUGCGUUUGGUUGAAUAGGAACUACAUGAAGUGUUCAUGGCGAGCCGGAGAGAAAGCAAGCCCUGACACUUCCUACAGGAUGUCCUACUGGCUUGACUCUAACGGCGAAGCACAGCCAUGCACAAAUAUCACUCACAGUGGAUCUGAGUUUCAGUGUGGUUUUUUAUGGAUCGUCGGGAAUGUUCAGCUUAUCACUAUUUCAAUUCAAGGCAAUUCUGGGAACAUUCAACCCAUCUGCUGGCUUUCACGUUCAAUAAAUUGUUUAGUAAAAUUAGAUCCUCCAGUCCUCUCACUCCACUCAAAGAAUGGCAGUGAAGUAGUUCUACGAUGGACUAAGCCAGUCAAUUUAUAUAGGUUGAAUUAUGAAGUAGAAGUUGAUCACGAACACAAACAUAGGCCCUCAGUGGAUGCUGACAGUGCAACAAUCCAAGUCAAGCCUGAUGUGCCGCACACUUUCCGAGUGAGAGUCAAGUCAACAGCUGGACACUGGAGUGAGUGGAGCAAUACAGUUGAAGAUGGUAGAACUUCCAAGUCUCUUCUUUUGUUAGUUUUAAUUCCUUUAUGUGUGGCUCUGCUGUUGGUCAUUCUACUAAUUUACUUGAAGAGGAUUAAGCUGUGGAUUCUUCCAAAAAUUCCUGACCCUGAAAAGAUUCUGAAGCACAUGUUUGAAGAGCAGAAUGAAAACCAGCCCACACAUGAAACAGCCAAUAACGAGGAAACCCAUUCAUUGAUGAUUGUGGACCCUGCUGGCAAUGAGAAGUGAGGAAACCAAGUUGUGAUCCUUGUUAAACGACUUCUGAAUGUGAACCUAACAUAUGAGGCCCAGGAACUGAUGCUGCAGCUGCUGAAACAUCUCUUGAAUAUUUCACUCAAAAUCCCUUUGCACUAGAAGCAUCUUAUUGGACUAAGCAGUUCCACUGAACGCAAUUACAUUAAUAGCUUUCCUCGGUUGUCACAGAGUUCUACCUUCCUUUUUGUCAUCCUUGCUGUGAAUGUCAAGUCUCACAUUGCCUUUUGUGAAGCUGCAGGUUUGCUUUGGAGUUUUCCCCCUCAUUUUUUUGCUGCUUGAAAAGCAUGAAUUAUCUGGCAGGGCUUGCCUUAGCACCCCGUGGUUCUUGGAUUUUGUUGUUCUGAGCCCUCCCCGGGUCUCUUCCAUUGUGGCUUUGAGAAAACCAAGACAACUAGGCUAAGUGAUGACAGCCCUUAUUCCCAGGCUAGAGUCUUUCUUAUUGCUGAGAUUACUGAAGUAUCUCUUUUUGUCACAAACGCAUGUAUGACGAAAUCCCUGCAGGGGUUUAUACAUACCCUAACUGCAUAUCUGUGGUUUUUAUAUAUGGGAAUGAUAAAAUGACCCACCUACAUGACUCGGACUCAUAAGACUGAAAGAGGUCCCAAAAUGGUUUGUUACAGGGUAAUCUCGUUUUUCAACAGAGCCCCAUGUGUGCACAACCCAGUGGAUUGGAACCUCUAACCUGAGUAUCCCAAUCCUUAGCCAGAACAUCCUGUAGUCAAUGUUCCCUCUAAGGUGUGGAGUCUUGUGAGCAAAAAAAUCUACUUUGUGAGCU